AUGGAACCAAGAGCUGGGGAUGAAGCAUUCAAUGAGUGGCGUGAGGCUAUGAGACGCAUGGCUCGCCUCGGAGAUGGUUUACCCAAAUUUGUUCGGCGACGAGUAUGGUCUGCUCUGGCCGAGCGUCAGUUGGCCACGCAACACGUGGACUGGGAUCACGUGGUUCACCUGGCUUUCAGUGAUGACUACCAGAAUACAGAGGAUGACAGUCUCGGAUCACAGAUAGUGAAGGAUUUGCAUCGAACA